AUGGAAGAGAUCCCCGAGGUCUGCAGAAAUGAGGUGAUGGAAUGGGAUCCGCUGGUCCGGCAGCUGGGAGGCCUCCUGAUGGGAUUGUUGAGCGAGGGGCUGGGAUUGAGUCCGGGCAAGCUACCGGAAUUGACGUGCUUGGAGACGAGGGCCAUGGUGGGGAAUUACUAUCCGUUGCAAGUGAAGCACGGCAAUGAGUGGGUGGAUGUGACACUAGUCCCGGGUGCUCUGACCAUUUCUAACGACGAGUACAAAAGCAUGGACCACCGGGUGUUGGUCAACCCUAACCAAGAGCCAUGUGUGUCGGUAGCAGUUUUCUGCGACCCGAGCAAUCGCAAGAAUGAGUUCAGACCGUUCCUAGAGCUCAUAUCCUUAGAUAAACCUGCUGCUUUCCAGCAAUUCAACCUCAACAAGUACAUGAGGAGAUUCUUCACAAAGGAGUUGGAGGGGAAAAGUUUGAUAAAUUACUUCAGGGCAUAA